GCAAUAUCUGUCUUGUUGGAAGGCGAUUUAAUCUGGAAGAGUGUACGAGACAGAAACUUCUAAGAAACAACAACAAAAAUAAUUGCACCGACUCACACGAAUGAUAUCCUACCAUAUCAGGCUGUAUACUGAGAAAGAUGUCAGUCACUGAGGAUGUUCCUGUAAUGGAUGGGGCGGAUCUUCUGGGGAUCCUGUUCCAGGAAGGAGAGACGGGAGCUAACGACCCCUUCUUCCCAUAUGGAAAUGAGUUAGAAAACUGGCUCUCUGAGCAAGAUAUGCUGACAGGCAUGGACACUGAGGACUUCCUGUCCAGCUUGUUUAAGGGAGAAAACAACAUGGCCACCUCCUGUCUCUCCCACUCUCCACUGGGCAGUGAUAGCGGCAUCUCUGACGACAGCAGCACUGGCGGCAUAGUCGGCCAGAAUUUCCUUGCCUUCACCAGCUCCCAGGGGAGUGACGGUGACCCUGCACCCAGCCCAGGGUACUCCCAGUCCAGCCCAAACUAUUCCAACAAUCCCCUGAUGGCUCUGGAGCUCCAGGCUGAGAACCCUCAAGCCCUGACUGUGCAGACAGACCACAGCUACUAUCUGCUCCAGGAAGAGGACAUGGAUGCUCUACAGAGCGUGAGGGCAGAGAAGCUGGAUAUGGAUGUCUUUAUUGAUCUGGACGACCUGGACAGUGAGGGGAUGGAAAUGGAACAAGAUUAUUCCAGUGAAGAACUACCCUGCGCUUUUUCCAUAGAGGACUCUACGCAGGACAACCAAGCGGAUCUGUUCCAGGUCAAGGAGAUUGUCCUGACUGAUGAGGAAAAGAGACUUCUUGCUAAAGAAGGAGCAACCAUACCGUCUUGCAUGCCUCUUACUAAGACUGAGGAGAGGACACUGAAGAGGGUGAGGAGGAAGAUCCGCAACAAGCAGUCGGCCCAGGAGAGUAGGAAGAAGAAGAAGGUGUAUGUGGAUGGCCUGGAGAACAGGGUUUCCAUCUGCACUGCUCACAACCAGGAUCUGCAGAAGAAGGUCCAACUGCUGCAGAACCAAAACAUGUCUCUAAUAGAGCAGCUGAGGAAGCUGCAGGGCAUGAUGAAGAUGUCUACCAUGAAGACAACCACCACCAGCACAUGUGUCAUGGUGUUCCUGCUGUCUUUCUGCCUCAUCGUCUUCCCCUCUGUCAACCCGUUUGGCCGCAGUCCUGGACAGAAGGAGAUAUACACCCCCUCCUCCGUUGUCUCCAGGACCCUGCGCUCUGUUGCUGUUGAUGACACCCCAGACCCUCUGCCCCUGGCUUACUCUGAGCCUGGGGAGGAAGUAGAGGACGCUGAGCCUCCCCCUCUCAGUCUCCUCCUAGUGGCCAAGGUGGAGAACACCAAGGCCAUGUUCACUGGCGGGCAGAACCACACACCAGACUACCAGAAGGUGGAGCAGUCUGAAUCUGAGAGUGGGUUCAACAGCAACUCGUCUGCAGACUUCCCCAGUCCUGGUCAGGCCGAGCUGAAGCAGGGGGCCGGACCCGAGGCUGGGGGCCUGCAGGAGGGAUCCAGGGAUCCAGUGGGAACGGCUGUGGCUUAUGAGGUUCCAGGGACCAAGGAGAACUGGAUCGACAGGAAGACUACAUCCAUCAUUAUACAGCAACACCGCUCGGACGAGAUGUAAACAGAAGAGCUGGUGGUGAAUGAACUAUAGAAGGGAAUGGUGGGAGAGGGUUAAUUAAAGGUUUCAGUUGUUAUUGAUCAUGUUAAUUGAAACUUGGUGGAUGAAGAGAAAAGGGUAUUGAUGUUUUGUUAUUACAGUAUCCUCUGUCUCUACCUGAUUGUCCUCCUUCUGGUGAUACUACUGUUCUUCUUGAAGCACUUUAUUCUAAUGCCUUGUUCAAGUGCUAGAAUGGACUACUGAGAUUUCCAUUGUUAUGCAUAGUCUUUAUUCUAAUGCCUUGUUCAAGUGCUAGAAUGGACUACUGAGAUUUCCAUUGUUAUGCAUAGUCAUCAUCCUCUCAUCGAGGGGGGGGGGGGGAAAGCGCACUAUGAAAAUGAGUAGUAAUGUGUUGACAUCCCAUGAUUGCUGAAGACUUUUUAAAACCUGAAUUCUCUAUUUAAAAACAAAACAAACUGACAACAGUUAAUUCUGUCCACCUGUGUGGUGCAUCUCCAGCAGGUGUUGAUAUGUACCUUGCUAGUGAUUUACCAGUUCCUUUCAUAGUGUAUAGUUAAGUUCUCUGUUAGUUUGAACAGUCAGCAUCCAUAGUAUAAAUGCAUUCUCAUGAUUCUAGAUCAAAACUGUUGAUCUGUAUACACUGCUUUAGCCAUUGCAGGACAUUUGGCCAUUUUAGAUUUUGUGUAAAAAAAUAAAUAAUAAUAAUAAUAUAUAUAUAUAUAUAUAUAUAUAUAUAUGUAUGUAUGUAUAUAUAUAUGUAUGUAUGUAUGUAUGUAUAUAUAUAUAUGUAUGUAUAUAUAUGUAUGUAUGUAUGUAUAUAUAUAUAUAUGUAUUUCCCUUGUAACAAGGGUAUUCGUGCUUUCUUUGAUUUGUUUUGCUUUUGGAACAAAUUGCAAUAUGACAAAGGGUGCUCUGUAAUGAGUCCCCAUUUUCACUAGUUUAGACCUUUUUAGUUAGGAGCUGUUUCAGUCCUUUAUCCAGUGGUUCAGCCUGGACCUGUUUUUACCCCCGGACACCUUUCAAGUCCGUGUCAUAUGGAGAGGUGAACAUUUUAACAUAUGUUCCUUAUGUUAAUUCAGUGUUGCAAUUUAACUAUACUCCAGUGUAAUGGCCUGUCAGUCCAUUCAGUGAGGCGUUUUUGUUAGAGUACAUUGUGUAUUAUCUGGGUUAUCAGUGAUUUAUGAAAUCUAAAUGCUUAUUGGAACAUUUGGUUAUUUUUGUACCUAUAAAGAGAUUUCAUUUGGGUUAAUCAGGUUAAAAGAAAUUACUAAUCCCGGUUUGAAAUGUAAAUCGGACGGAACGAUUGUAAUGUACGUUUUCAACUGUUUGACACUGACCGUCAUUAAAAGUCCCUUUUUUUUAAUUCAAA